UUCAACCAUGCAUUGUGCAAACCCGCACGAGCGGAUAGCAACCAAAUAAGCAAAAUAUUGGUCCCUUAGACGUUUAGUUCUGUUUUUACAUAUUCAGUGACUUUAUGUUUUUUUCGCACCAUUCUGUAGUGUAGUGACUAUUGAGGCUUGUCAACCGAAAGAAAAACUUGGCUGUGUUGGUUGGAAUUCAGAGACAGACUAAAUCAGAGUUUAUGACACUGAUAUAAAUGUCACUGAUUGCCGUGAUGAACGUGGUCAGUUGGUUUGAACUUAGGUAUAUUUAUAAAGUUUCAUAGGUACCAGAAUUUGGUUACGGUACGGCGAUGUUUUCCUGUGUAUUGGCAGUAUUGCUAGUAUUGGAAACGGCAGAAACACAAACAUUUGUCUGAAAUUAGUACAUCAUGUCACUUUUCAAAAUACGCGACUGGUGGACAACAGAAGUUGGUGAUGGCUCAACAGAUGACGAUAUCUGCAGCGCUGGAUGUUUGCUGAUUGCACAGCUUAAUGCAGAAUAUCCUGAAGAUAUGCAAGAGCAAGUUAUUGUUGGCUGUCAUACAGGAUCCCUCCAUCUGUACUGUCCAAAGGUAACUAUAACAGAAGAGGGAGAGGAAGCAUUUGGCUACAAACCAGAUCACUUACUCCUGGAAACCAAUCUCAAUUAUCCAGUGCUUCAGCUACUGGCAGGAGCAUUAGUUGGUGGUCAGCCUGGAUGUCAGCAGCUGUGUGUGCUGCACCCUUCUCGUGUUGUGGUCUACACGGUCACUGUGUCUGGUGGUAGAGGCCAGAGUGCUGCAGCUCGAGCAUCAAGUGCCAAUUCAGCUUCCCAUGGCCUCCAAGCUAAGCUUGCCCCUGCUUAUCAGCAUGUUUUCAAGAGGAAAGCCUAUAGUGCAAUUGUUGGACCAUUUGGAAAUGUACGUGGUAAAGACUUCAUCUGUGUUCAAUCUCUUGAUGGCUGCUUGACUGUCUAUGAGCAAGAAAGUUUUGCCUUCUGCGUAUUUUUGCCUGGAGCACUGCUUGCUGGCCCUCUUGCCUAUCUUCCUAAGACAGACUCCUUUGUUACCAUGGCUGCAUCAGCUAAUUUACAGGCUUACAAGUACCAAAACUUAUCUGUGUCACGUUCUACUACUGAUGGUGCUGAUGAUGGUAGCAGUGGAGGCAAGCGACUCACAUGGGACUGGGAGCAGGUUGUUGGAGAAGAAGCAUUGGAGAUGCAAGUUGUUGGAGAAGUACCACUUGUGACACUUGUUCUGCUAACAUCUCGGGCUUUAUACGCUUUCAAGGAGUCAGGGUCACUCAAGUUUGUUAAGCGCCUUGAGUACAACCCUGCUUGCUUCACUGCAUACUUUGUUGGGGCUAGUCUAUUCUCGCUUGUGGCAUCACACUCCCAGACGCUUCUUCUCUACCAUGAGACCGUUCUCAAAUGGGCUGCCCAACUGACCUGCAUUCCCGUCGCCCUCGCUCGUGUCAACCUCAAGGGCAUCAAAGGAGGCGUGGCACUCGUCACUGGCAGCGGUCGGCUGCAGGUCGUGUAUCUUGGCACUGAUCCCUCACUCUUCACUGCGCCGCCCAUUGAGACGCGGGAAAUUAAUUUUGACGAGACUGACAAAGAGCUUGCCAAUCUUCAUAGGAUCAUCAAAGCGUCGUCUAAAGACUCGAGUAGCCUCCUGUCGAGCGAGCGCAGCGACGCUCAGCAGCUAACAGUGGGCAUCACAUUGGGCCAGAAGCUGGAGCCCUGGACAGGCCCCUCGGCCAUCCAGGACCCUGAGGGCCCCGUGCCCUGCUGCACGGCGGUCGUGCGGCUCACGGCCCUUCAGCCCAUCAAUGGCGUGCGGGUCGCCAUUGUGGUGCACAAGCCUCUUGCUGUGUCCCAAAGUGUCUUCAUGCUACGGACAAUCAGCGACAGCAGUCAGCUGCUGGUGCGGUUCUACCUCUCAGGCGCCUACGUCGCCUGCUCGUUGACCGUUCUCGUUGUUACCUCCUACACCACGGCCAGGGGAGCACCUAGGGUCCUGCGCACUCAGUUGGAGCUGCCACUUCGCUUGGUCGUUAAAGCUUCUGCACCAAACAAAGAAGCAGACCACAAGAUCACUCUCUCCACCAAUAAACCUGCAGUGAAUCUUCCUGAACUUUUCCCUGAGUUUGGCCUGGACUCGAGCAUGAGUAGCACGGGUGUGGGACUGCAGCAUUACGCUGGGCCUCUCGUAACGGUCCUCUCUUCAAGGACCACUCAGCGAUACCGACUCCAGAGCGACAGUUUGCCGGCGCUGUGGGUUGUGUUCCGUGAGAUGUGUCGUCGUCUGGAGAGCUACUGGGGCACCGGUGGUCGUCAUGGCGCUGGGGAAGAGACGUUCUCUCUGUGGGUGUCCUCUAUGCUGCCUCUCAAUGAACUCUACAGCCUCAUCGACGCGCAUUUCUUGCGAAGGAAAAAACAUAAUGGUCUCAAUGAUCAGCUACUACAGCGUUGCCUGCAAGUUCGUGCAGUACAGCGACGUCUCCUGACCAAGUUUAAAGAUAAGAACCCCACGCCGCUGACGAACCUGGAUAACCUCUUGGACGGCAUGUACAAGCAAGUGCUGCACAUCACCGACCUCAUCCAGGAUAACACUAGUGGACUGGAGUUAAGCGGUGCGCAUCUGUCGUGUGUGGUGCAGCUGGUGGUGCAGUUGGUUAAGCUGCACUAUAAUCCUGGUCACCUACAACUGCUCGCUGCUGCACUCUCGCCGCACAUGCCUCCACCUCAACAAACGCAGGGCUGGGAGGAGGUAGUGGACUGCUGCAUAUCAUUCUUACUGCGAACGGUGUGUGGCGAGGACACCGACCUUCCUCCCUCCUCGACGCUCUCACAGCCACUGGACACCUCGAACCUGAAGAGUCGCAUCGCCCUUUUGCUCGAGCGACUCACCAAAGGUGGCAUCAACGAUGCACAGCAAAAUCGUGGCGUCACCGACAACCUCGAUGGGGAGGCAGGAGGCAGGAAGCCGAGCAUAAUAGCAAUCGACCCCGUGGAGGUGCCACUCGGGUCCAGGCUUGGCGAGGAUCGCGUCCGCUCUGCGAGGAUACGGUCUGCUCGUGGGCUCUCCUCCAAAGGUUACAUAGUGCCGAGAUUGCCCAGCGGUCAGACGGAGGAAGAUGAGGAUGAAAAUCUUGCCGAAGAAGAAGAGACAAAUGAAGAGCAGCCGGAUGAACCAAGUGUUGAUGAGCGUGAAGAACCAAGUUCACCCCGAACACCAGAGGUGGAAGAAGAAGCAACAGGGAUCCCACAUGAUGACAUUCCACCGGAGGAGCACAAUGUUCAGUCUCCAGGUGCGGAUGUUCGUGCAGAAGCUACUUAUCAGAAUGCCCAAAACGAGCUGGAUUCCUUGAUAGACGAGGACGAAGCUGCCGACUUAGGCAAGCCUGAUCAACGAGACAAGGUACUUGGUCAAGCUAACACCCAAGUCUCAGCUGCUGAGGGCUCAGCUCUAGACGACAAAUCCCGUUCCCUCAAGUCUGCCAAGGGAGGCGUCAUUGAGAGUCCUGGCGAAGACAUAUUCGGCAACCCAGAGGCGGACGAGGACACCUGGUGAUGUGGUGCUAUACGGGCCUCCUUAUGCGUCCAGUCUUCGCCGCUGUUUUGUAAUUUGAAAAUGCAUUAAAGGAAUUAUAUCGCUCAAGGCGGUACCGGGUACCUCAGGACAAAGAACCUCUAAUGCUUCUUCGUAUUAUUAUAUUCGUGUAUUUGUAACUUCUUCGUAUUCAUGAUGGAGCAUUUCUAUUCCUCAAUAAGCGAAGGAUUUAAUCAUGUCCAUCAACAACGGACUCUAUAACUACUAUCACUAUUUAAAAAAUUUUUCCUUACAGUCCUACCGUACAUUGCAGAAAAUAUGUAGAAAUCACUAAUUGUUAAUUUAAAUUUUGUUAAUU